AUGGCCAAACGAAAGAGCAAAGUCAAGAGGAACCCCAAAGGUGGUGUGAAAAAGGGAGACAAAAUCCAUGGUCAGAAAAAAGGAAAAAAGGGUGAAGCAGCUGCAUACAUCACCAGAGCCCAGGCUUUGGCAAAACUGCAACUUCCUUUAGCCGAUUUUCGAAAACUUUGCAUUCUGAAGGGAAUCUAUCCACGAGAUCCGAAGAAGAAAGCGCAGGGCAAUGACAAGACGUAUUAUCACCACAAGGAUAUCGCGUUCUUGCGACAUGAGCCCUUGCUGAACAAAUUCUUCGAACUGAAAACAUUUAUGAAGAAGUUCAAACGGCUGAUGGGCCGACGGGAGAUCAAAAGUGCAAGACGACUAGAGGAGCGCAAACCAAAGUACACACUGCACCAUUUGGUGAGAGAGAGGUACCCAUCAUUUGAUGAUGCAAUCAGAGAUUUGGACGAUGCUGUGAGUAUGCUGGCCCUGUUCCAGUCACUGUCGGCUGAUCAAGCGAGAGACAUUCCAGUUGACGCCAUCACGGAAGCAACACAACUGUAUCAGGAAUUUCAGCUCUACGUCAUCCGUGCUCAGGCCCUACGGAAGGUGUUUGCAUCAAUCAAGGGCUACUACUUUCAGGCAGAGAUUGGCGGUCAGUCUGUGACUUGGUUGGCCCCGCACCAGUUUGCCCAGGACCUGCCAGCAGAGGUUGACUUUAGAGUGAUGCUGACGUUUUUAGAGUUCUACCGUGCCAUGGUGAAGUUCGUGAACUUCCGACUGUACUCGGACUUGGGCCUGGCAUAUCCACCAAGGAGAGACGUAAAGCUCGACAGUAGUUCCGCAGAUGUUGCCGCUUUGGAAGUGGAGAUGCGUGAGGCUGGAAAAGCUCAGCAACUGCAAUCAGAGCAAACAGAAAAGGACAAUGCCGACGUGGCCACUGGCGUUCUGGCCGACUUUGGAGAUCAAAGCGAGGCGAAGCCAUUACGCAUCAGAUUGUUGACCGGCCUGUGGGUUCUUUUGAUGUGCGUCCUGGUCGUGGCCAAAGUGAGGGACAAGGUUGAAGGCUACAUUCCACGCCAACGGGAGGUUCUGGAUCGCUUUGCUGAAGAGGUAUCGGGCAAAAUCCGCGCUGACACUGCAGAGGAUGCCAAAGCUGAAGGAGGGUCCUUGGCAACUGGUGGCUUGCACCAGUUUGGAGAGGAGCUGCGCGCAGAAUCUGAAGGCCUUUGGCACUCAGAGUAUCAGAAAAAGAGAGAAGACGUAGCUGCUGCCAAGAUGGUCACUGAAGAUGUUGGAGAGGUGGAAAUGGAGGAGGUGAAGCCACAAAGGCAUGAUGCCGAGCCAUUCUUGUUGAGUUCAAGUUGA